AAUUUAUGCAUUAUAUAUCUUCUAAGGAUCUAUUAUGAAGAUUUUGGACAUACUCAAAUUAUUCUUUGAUGUUUUUUUAGAUCAUAAUAAAAAAUUAUAUUUGUAAAUUAUAACAAUUUCAUUUCCAAAAAUAGAAAAACUUGAGUCUUAUUUGUAGGUCCUACACUCAAAUUUUGUGGACAUUGUACCACUUUAUUCUUUGCUACAAUACAUUUAGGAUCUCAACCAUUCCAAUAGUGGAGAAGGCAAGAAAAUAAAAUUUGCAAAUGCAACCACACUGUGGAAACAAAGGAAAUGCAGAAGACAAUUGAGAAAUGAAGUUUUAUAAAACAUACUUUGCAAGGUUAAUGGACUUAUUCCUAUAGAAUUUUAUUAUUUUCUCAUUUAUAGCAAUCUGUUUUAUCAGUUUUUGUCUUUUUAAUAUUUUUAUCACACUUCUAAGUUUUUUCAUGAAGUCUCAAUCUAUAAUCGUGUACAUGUAUGGUAUACUAUGAUUCAAUAUUAAAAUAUUAUAUCUUUAAUAAUGAUAAACAAUAAAUCUCUUAAAGUGUGCAACACUUCAUUUCUCAAUAUAAAAUAAUAUUCUUUGUUAAAAUACUAUAUAUAUAUAUAUAUAUAUAUAUACAUACAUAUUUUAAAAACUAAAUGAACUACCAGAAAUCAAACAUUAUAAUAUUUUCAGAAACAUUUGUGUUGUUGGAAUCCAAAAGUUAGUUCUAAACAAAAUCAAAAUGAUUUUAACCUAUUUCCUUCCAACAUGUUAUAAACUUGGUAUUGAGGUUGAAUUGUUAAACUUAUGACUUGACUUGACUUUAUGGAUCAUAGUUCAACGUCUGUACAUGUAUAGUUAUAAUUGGUAACAUUGAAGAACAACUUAUGAUUACAAACUGAAAGUCAAUCAGUUAUAUUGCAUCACUUUACUUAGCAUAAGUACAAACAAAAAUAUGGUAUCUGGAAAACUCAAAAAACCCUUUUAAAAACCAAAAAAUAAUUUCAUAUUUUCCAGAUGUGCAUGAUUGAUAAACAUUCCAUAAAUCCACCUACUUUUUGCUUAGAAAACAGAAUUCACGUUGUUUUAUCCACAAUUCAAAUAAUUUACGAAAAUCAAGGUAUACAUGUUAAAUAUUAAAGUUCCUUCUUGGAAAUUUGAUUCUAUGGCAUAUUAAACCCACUGAAAAGAACAAACAUUCUCACAACUGAGUAGAGUGAACAUAAGACUUAAGGAAUGCAUAUUUAGUGUUGAUUACGCCCAUCAAUGGAUUUCACAAAACAUCAAAGAUAUACUUACUGAGCAACAGUAGAUGUGCCAAAGAUUCAAAAUUUGACAAAAAGAGAGAAGAGUGUGUGAAAUUUCAACAUUAUUUUGCAGAAAUUCAUAGAAUAUAACUAUUACAGGUUAUGAUAAAACUUUUAUCAUUGUGAUAUGAAAUAUUUCAUUCUUAUCCUUAUGAACAUUGAGUCAAAUAAAUAUUCAUAAGGCCAAAAUAUCAUUUUGUAUUGGUGUGUGAAGUGAUUUGAUGAGUUGUGAAAGAAAAGAUUCAGAGCACAAUGUUUGCAUUAUGUAAAUAAUAAAUAGACAUAUUUUGAAAUGUAACAUCUACAAAUCUCAUCAAAUAAAAACUUUACUCUAAAUUUCAUGCCCAUCUUGAAUGUUUAAAUAUUUAAUAAUAUAUAUAUAUAUAUAUAUAUAUAUAUGCACAUACAUAUACACAUCACUGAAACAUCUAAAAUUAUACACUCAUACAUGAUAAAAGAUAAUAUAAAAUGGUUUUAGAAAAAACAGAAAAAAAUUGAUUUAGCACACGUGCUAACUGUCUUAAAAGCUUUGAAAUCAUUUUAUUUUAUUUUAUUUUAUGUUUGCAAGGAUUCCAAAUGUUUCAACUCACAAUGAAAAAAAUUAUAUUUUGAGUUUUAUGUAAUUUUAAAAAAUAUGAACAUAUAUAUACAUAUAAAGCUGUUAUUAUACUUGAUGGAUGAGUUUACAACUGACUUUCAGAUGGCAUAUAUAGGGUAGAGAAUGUUCAAAACUUAAUUGUGUGGAAUGAGAUUUCGGUAAUUAUUACAAAUUAAAACUAUACAGGUUUCAAGUAUCAUUGAUUAUAAUGAUAAAAUAGCAGAGAUGUUGAUGUAUGUUGUGUUGUAAUUUACACAUGAAGUCUUGAAAACUUGACUGUUAUAUUCAUACUUAGUAAAAUAUGCUUGUUACACAUUUUCUUUUAUCUUGCAUCAUCUAUCUAUUACUUAUUUGGUUGCAGUAUUGAAACCAAUAAAUAAAAGAAGAAAGAAGAAAACUGGAUAAUGUCAAAACCAGUACAUGUAAUAAAAAAACAUAGAGUAUUGUUCUUGUUUCAAAGUCUGGUAAUAUAAUUGCAUUCAUUACAACCAAACAGCAACUCAAUACAGCAAAUCUUACUGCUAUAAAUCUCUUUCUUUGGCUGUUGUAUCCAACAUCAAUGGCAAAUGUUUAAACAAGACAACAGAGUUGUGAAUAAUACACUCUGCAUAUGAAAUGCAAUAAGCUCAUCAAUGGAUGCAAAGAAUAGGCCUCAAAUUUUGCAACAUGUGCUUGAAUCAUUAAAUAUCACUGUAUAUGAAACAUUAUGGGUGCCAUGUAGUGCACGGUUUGUGGUGUUGGGAGGAAGUGCACGAGGUUCUGGAGUCAUGCAAAUUUAUGAACUUGAAGGACCAAAACUCAAGAAAAUAAAGCAAUGUGAAAAGCAUCACAUUUUCAAGUGUGGGACGUUUGGAGCAUCUGAUUUAACAGAAAGGCAUCUUUGCACGGGGGAUUUCAAAGGAACAUUGUUUGUGUGGGACUUGGAACGGAUGAGCAUGCCCGUAUGGCACGUACAAGCCCAUGACACUAUCAUCAAUUGUAUGGAUGGAUGUGGCGGAUUGAAUAUUGGAAAUGGUGCUCCAGAAAUUGUGACCGGAGGACGAGAUGGUCGCGUCCGCAUUUGGGACCAACGGAGCAAAUGUGAUCCUGUUGUGAGUUUUGAACCCAUGAAGAAAACUACUGAGAAAGUUGGUGCAGAAGGAACACCUAGAGAUUGUUGGUGUGUGGCAUUUGGAAACUCCUACAACGAUGAGGAGCGGUGUGUGUUGGCAGGCUACGACAAUGGAGACGUCAAAAUGUUUGAUCUCCGCAUGGGCAAGGUUCGAUGGGAGACAACCCUCAACAAUGGUGUCUGUGGAAUAGAUUUUGACCGAAAGGACAUCAAAAUGAAUAAGUUUGUAUGCACCACAUUGGAAUCAAAACUUCAUCUCUAUGAUCUACGCACACAUCAUGAAGCAAAAGGCUAUUCAAGCCUUGAAGAAAAGCUGAAGCAUGGCACAACCGUGUGGGGGGUCAAGCACCUCCCCCAGAACCGUGAGCUUUUUGUUACACUUGGCGGUGAUGGUUCUAUUUCUCUGUACAAAUAUCACUAUCCCGACCAACGGACCAAAAAAGACGGUGACAACUGUGAAUAUGGUGUUGUGGGCAAAGUAGAACUACUGAACAAUGCAAAGUUGGCUCCACAACCCAUUUGCUGCUUUGAUUGGAGUCCUGACAAGGCUGGAUUAGCUGUUUGUGGAUCUUUUGACCAGUGCAUCCGCACUGUAGUUGUCACUAAACUACAUAAAACAUAGAAUGAAAUGAACAAGAAAUAUGACAGAGGCAGUUUAGAAAUACUAAAGGGAGAAAUUUGAGUGCAUAUAUUUGGAGCCAAUUAUAAUUGCUACCAUUACCCAUAAAAUAAUUCCAAUAGAGUUUUGACAAUGAAGCAAUAAAGAAACAAAGAAACCGUAUGGAGUAUCACUAUUCUGCAUCGGACUGAAAUACAGAUGCAAAUCUUUCAUACAAAUAUUUCUGUGGAAAUUUUCCAAUCAGCUGUUAGAAUACAUGAAUGUGUGUAUGUAAUUUUAGUGGUACAGUUCGUAACCAACAAUAAUGAAUCUAUUGGAAUACCAUUUGUCAUUGUUAAAGAUCUGUUUGUUUCAUUCAGCUUGCUUCAAACACAGAGGAAUGGAGUUUACUUGGUGCAUGUUAUAUUUUUAUGAAACCUUAUAUUCUAACUGUGAUUUUUGACACAUUGAAAAUAUUAAAAUAAAAAACUAAGUGUGCAGCUGUGUCCCUUGUACUCAUUUGUGGCACACUGAAGAAUGAAACAUGAUGAUUCUUACUCCAUGUCUAAUUGAUGAUAGGUUAGCUGAUAAUAUGAGCAACAAAUGUCAGGAACAUGUACUUUUAAAUGUUUCUUCUUGUUGAUUAACUUCUGUUUCUGCAAAUUACAAACUUCAAA